AUGAUUCGUAAAUUCGAUAUUUUCAAACCUAUGGAUGUUGUUCGUCCUCUCUGUGUUUCCGAUGAUAAUGGCGAAUUCCGCUUUCAGUUGCGGCUUACCCGGAAUUCAGAUCUUAUAUUCGCUUCUGAGGACCUUUCCACCAAGGGCCUCUGGACUGAGGUUCCAUUUCUAACCAUUUUUGUGGAGCGACAAUCACCUGAGAUAUUAGAGCAUUCUCAAAAUGAGCCUGACAGACUCUCAGAACCUAAAAAUGUCGGUGGUGAUGCAGCAGCCAAGUUGGUUGAGCUGUCCACGAGGCUGGAAAAGGUGGAAAUCCUUCUCGGUUCCGCCAUGUUGCGCUCCACCACAAAAGGCUCGAGUAAUGCUUCAUCGCCUUUUCCUAAGGAAGUAGUGCCUGCUUCGGAUAACUUGAAGCAAACGCCUGUUGAAUCUCGCGUUAGUAUGACUCCUCAGGCUGCUUCAAAUUUCGUCACUACUGCUACUUCGCCUCAUUCUCCUCCACCAACGUGCACUCCUAGGAAGGUUGCCUCUUCCGUUUCAUCUAAACUGAAGGCAACUUCAGACAAAACACCCGUUAGUAAAAGCGUCCAGGCUGCUGCCGUUUCAUCUCAUUGUCCACCAGGCGGCCUAUACCGCAGAGCGGCGUUAGCGGUGGGCCGGAGUAUGUGUGGCAAACGCCCGCUCCCUAUCUGGCCAACUUGGACGAAAUUAUUGAGUCAGUGGUGGCUGGACUGGAUGACCCCAACGACUUUACGAUCGAGCCGCCCUCAAGGCAGACAGCCUUCAACUCUACCGUCUGUACCACCACCAUAG